AGAUGGUUUCACCCGAAUAUCACAGGUGUUGAAGCAGAAAAUCUUCUUUUGACCCGUGGAGUGGACGGCAGUUUCUUGGCACGUCCCAGUAAGAGCAAUCCUGGUGAUUUCACUCUCUCAGUAAGGAGGAAUGGAGCAGUUACGCAUAUUAAAAUCCAGAACACAGGUGAUUACUAUGACUUGUAUGGUGGUGAAAAGUUUGCUACACUGGCUGAAUUGGUUCAGUAUUAUAUGGAACACCAUGGACAGCUAAAGGAAAAAAAUGGGGAUGUUAUUGAGUUAAAAUACCCAUUGAACUGUGCAGAUCCUACAUCUGAGAGAUGGUUCCAUGGUCACCUCUCUGGAAAGGAAGCUGAGAAGUUGUUAACUGAGAAAGGUAAACAUGGAAGCUUCCUGGUUCGGGAAAGCCAGAGCCACCCUGGGGAUUUUGUAUUGUCUGUUCGCACUGGUGAUGACAAAGGCGAGAGCAACGAUGGCAAGUCUAAAGUGACACAUGUCAUGAUACGGUGCCAGGAUAUGAAAUAUGAUGUUGGAGGAGGAGAGAAGUUUGACUCUCUAACAGACCUGGUGGAGCAUUAUAAGAAAAAUCCCAUGGUGGAAACACUUGGAACGGUACUGCAACUCAAACAGCCUCUGAAUACAACCCGUAUAAAUGCAGCAGAAAUUGAAAGUCGAGUAAAGGAAUUGAGUAAACCUGCAGAAACAGCUGAUAAAUUUAAGCAGGGCUUUUGGGAAGAAUUUGAGACGUUGCAGCAACAAGAAUGCAAACUACUGUACAGCCGCAAAGAGGGGCAGAGACAAGAAAACAAGAACAAAAACCGAUACAAGAAUAUUUUACCUUUUGAUCACACAAGGGUUGUUCUUCAUGAUGGGGAUCCUAAUGAGCAAGUCUCUGAUUACAUCAAUGCUAAUACUAUAAUGCCUGAAUUUGAAACAAAAUGCAACAAUUUAAAACCCAAGAAACGUUAUAUUGCUACUCAGGGCUGCUUGCAGAAUACAGUGAAUGAUUUCUGGAGAAUGGUUUUUCAGGAAAACUCCAGGGUUAUUGUCAUGACGACAAAGGAAGUUGAACGAGGCAAGAGUAAAUGUGUUAAAUACUGGCCAGAGGAAUGUGCUCUUAAGGAAUAUGGAGUUAUGAGAGUACGAAAUGUCAAAGAAACACCAUCUCAUGACUAUAUACUAAGGGAACUUAAACUUUCGAAAGUAGGACAAGUAAUCAUUAAGGCAAACACUGAAAGGACUGUAUGGCAGUAUCAUUUCAAAGCUUGGCCAGAUCAUGGGGUACCUACUGACCCUGGUGGUGUCCUGGACUUUUUAGAAGAAGUUCACCAUAAGCAGGAUGGUAUACCAGAACCUGGACCUGUUGUCGUUCACUGCAGUGCAGGAAUAGGACGUACAGGCACUUUUAUUGUGAUUGAUAUUCUCAUUGAUGUCAUCCGAGAAAAAGGUGUUGACUGUGACAUUGACGUACCCAAGACUAUUCAGAUGGUAAGAUCUCAGAGAUCAGGAAUGGUUCAGACUGAAGCACAGUACAGGUUUAUAUACAUGGCUGUACAGCAUUAUAUAGAAACCUUGCAGCGCAGGAUUGAAGAGGAGCAGAAAAGUAAGAGGAAAGGGCAUGAAUACACAAAUAUCAAAUAUUCCCUUUCUGAACAGACAGGAGACCAGAGCCCUCUUCCUCCUUGUACACCCACACCAUUGCCAACACCCACACUUCCAGAGUAAGUAAAAUGAUUUUGUAUAUUCU